AUGUCAACGGAAACGCGUAAUUAUCUGGAAGCAAUUAGGAAUCAAGACGAAGACGGCGAUGGAAACAACGAUGAAGAUGAAUAUGAAGAGGAUCUGGAAUUAGAAAGCCUAGAAGAUGACAACGAUAAUGGCGACGAAGACGGAGGCAACAACAACGACAAAGCUGGAGUCCAAGAAAACGAAAAAGUCAGAGGCGAAGGAAACGAGAAACACGGAGGUGGAACUAAAGGAAAAGAUGGCGAUAAAAAUAAGAGUAAAGUUGGCGGCGAUCAAAGCGGAAAAGACGGAGACAGAAGGAACAGCAAAGAUGGAGGCGAGAGCAGCAGCAAAGACGGCGGCGAAAACAACAGCGGCGACGGUGGCAGAAACAAUGACCACGACGGCGGCGAAAUCAACAACAGCGACGGCGUCAGGAACAAUGACCACGACGGCGACGAAAACAACAACAGCGACGGCGGCGAGGGAGAAGACAAAGAUGGAGAUCAGGCACGCAAUGACAGGAAUGAAGCCGGCAGCAGCGGCGCAAAAGAAGGCGCCACUGAAGAAGUGAAAAAAGGCAACGUUGCGAAGUCGGAGUUUUUGGAAUUUCACAACCCAAGUGUCGACAUUUCAUUGGGCAUGGCAACACAAGUUGUGAGUGAUUUUUCGGGCUAA